AUGGGGAGACAUGAAAAUCUUGUAGCGGAAAUCUCGCGGGUGGUGUCGCAGUACUACAAGACCAAGCAGCCAUACCGCAUCUUCCAUGGCUCGACGAACAGUACUCGGCCGCGCCCCGAUGGCCGGAAUCAAAAGUUCGUCGACAUCAGCGGGCUCAACCAUAUUCUGCGUAUCGAAAAGAAGCCGAAAAAGGCUGCCGUCGAGCCCAAUGUGCCCAUGGACAAGCUUGUUGAGGCGUCCCUCGCAGAAGGGCUCGUGCCGCCUGUAGUCAUGGAGUUUCCGGGCAUCACUGCUGGAGGAGGGUAUUCGGGAACGUCAGGCGAAAGUUCAAGUUUCAGACACGGCUUCUUCGAUCGGACUGUUACUUUUGUGGAAAUGGUCUUAGCCAAUGGUGAUGUGGUUAAACUAAGCACCAAAAAGAGAACGAAUCAACUCAGAGACGCUGCUGGUACGGUGGGGAGCUUGGGGAUUACGACAUUGAUUGAAUUGGAUCUAAUUGAAGCCAAAAAAUUCGUCAAAGUUACCUAUGAGAGGAAAAACAGCGUUGCCGAUGCUGUCGCGGCUUUGGAAAAGGAAUCGGCUGAUCCUGACAAUGCGAAGUUUGAUUAUAUCGACGGCAUCCAAUUCUCACCCGACCACGGUGUUGUCAUCAAGGGUGAGAUGACAAAUGAGAGGCCCACCGACGCGAAAGUACAGACAUUCAGCAACCCAUGGGAUCCUUGGUUCUAUCUUCAUGCGCAGAAGAUGACAAAGUCGCAGAAUGUUGCCACCGAGUAUGUUCCUCUCGCGGAGUAUCUAUUCCGGUAUGAUCGAGGUGGCUUUUGGGUGGGCGAGUCAGCAUUCAAAUACUUCAAAUUCCCUUUCAAUAGGUUAACGCGCUGGUUUCUCGACGAUUUCUUGCAUACACGCAUGCUUUACAAGGCACUGCAUGCAAGCGGCGAGUCGAGUCGGUAUGUAGUGCAGGAUCUGGCACUGCCAUACGAGAACGCGGAAAAAUUCAUUGACUACACUACGGAAAAAUUAAAUAUCUGGCCACUAUGGUACUGCCCGCUGAAGCAAUCGCCAAUACCGACCAUGCAUCCACACAACACGCGGACCCGAUUCCCUGGACGAAUGCUGAAUAUCGGGCUAUGGGGCUUUGGGCCAUCCGAGCCGAAGGAAUUCGUAGCAAAGAACAGAGAUCUCGAGCACAAGCUGCGCGAACUCGGCGGCAUGAAAUGGCUCUACGCACAUACCUACGCGCCAGAGGAAGAAUUCUGGAAAGAUUUCGACCGGCUGUGGUACAACGAGAUGCGAGAAUUGUUCUCAGCUACGACUCUGCCAAGUGUUUGGCACAAAGUCAAAGUAACGCCUCCCGGCGAGGCCAAAUCGUGGAGCCAGAAGAUUACUUCGAUGCGUCCUCUGGGAGGGCUGUGGGGGAUAUGGAAGGCCAUCGACGUUCUAGACGAUAUUUCGCACCGGAGGUACAAUCCUUUGCGGGGAUCCUAUGUUCUGGUGUCUCCCCACCGGACGAAACGACCAUGGCAAGGACAGCAGGAAUCGCCUUCCAAAACGACCCUGCCCGCCUACGACCCCGCUUGCUAUCUCUGCCCUGGUAACACGCGCGCGCAGGGAGACGCCAACCCCGCCUACAAAAACACUUUCGUUUUCGUCAACGACUACAGCGCCGUCAAGGAGGAGCAGGCUGAAUACCACCCUGAAGGAAACGAAGCCGAGUCUUUUUUCCUCAAUGCCGAACCAGUUGUUGGAAAAUGCUACGUAUUGACCUUCUCUGCUGCGCACAACCUGACUCUGGCCGAUCUAUCGCCAGCCGAGAUUGUACCGGUGAUCAAUGCCUGGAUCGAGAUUUACAGCUCGCACUUGUCGCCCCAGAACCCUCUUGCGACGGUUGCGCCAGUGACGCAUCUCCCGCCCGAUGCACCCACCGCGUCCCUUACGAAGCCGAAAAUGCAGUAUAGGUAUAUGCAGAUCUUUGAAAACAAGGGCGCAGCAAUGGGCUGCUCAAACCCGCAUCCGCACGGCCAAGUCUGGACGACGAGCAGUCUCCCCGAAGAACCGGCGAUAGAACUCGAGCAGCUGAAAAAGUAUCGCGUCAAGCACAGUGGAAAGCACUUGCUUGGCGACUACGUUGCGCUCGAGCUGCAAAAGAAAGAGCGCGUCGUGUUCGAGAAUGACGGGUUCGUGGUGCUCUGCCCAUGGUGGGCGACAUGGCCGUUCGAGACGAUGAUAAUCAGCAAAACGCACAAGCGUGCGCUGGUCGAUUUGAACGACAACGAAAAAGCCCAGCUUGCAGAAGCCAUUGCGGAGAUCACGCGGCGAUAUGAUAAUCUAUUCGAAACGCAUUUCCCUUACAGCAUGGGCAUUCAUCAGGCGCCACUCGAGGGUACAGAGGAGGAAAUCGAGUCGUCAUGGUUGCAUCUGCACUUUUAUCCGCCGUUACUGCGGAGUGCAACUGUGCGGAAGUUCUUGGUUGGAUAUGAAAUGAUGGCCGAGCCCCAGCGUGACAUUACCCCGGAACAGGCCACGACCAGACUGAGGAGCUGCGGCGGUGAGCUGUACAGAAGAAAAUUGGAGUAA